UUACUGACUAGGUUAGGAAGCAUGUGUUUAAUUUGAGGGAAAUAAAUAUAACAAAUAGCAUAAUGGUAGUGAAAACACAAAAACUUAAUCACGAAUCUUCAAAAUAUACCUUGACUAGAAAGGCAGGGAAAAGUAUUAUUGACCAUCGCCCUGCCUUUUCACCAGAUGAACAAUCUUUAGCCGUAAUAGUUGAAAAUAUCGUUCGGAUAUAUGAUGUACAGACGGGAGACUUGGUGCGAAGCCUUGAAGCUGAUUCAAACAUUGAUGAACUGAUCGGCAUUUGUUUUGACCAGCAGGGCCACUAUCUGUACGGUUGCUCCAGAUGUGGCAUGCUUAUAACAUGGACCUUUGAAAACGGAACUGUGCUGAGGGAAUUUAAAUUAAAACUAUUCGGUAGAAAAGUCACCACAUUUGAUUUAGUGGACAGCGACAGAUUCUUUAUAACUUCAGUUGGUAGAGAUAAUAAAAUACAUCUGGCAACAUUUCAUCUAAAAAUUGGUGUACUAGAGACAGAAUUUACAAAUAAGGACAUACCGUACUUUGGAAGUGUCAAGGUGGCCAUUGGAUGGUUUAACAAGGACAGAUUUGCUGCCAUAUCAAAUUUAACGAAAUUCCUUUUCAUCCAAAACUUAGAUAAAGCACAUGUUCAUGCCUAUCACUCCAACUACAAUGAGUUCCGUAUUCUGGAUGUGGCGACCCAUCACUGCGAGCCUGCAAUAGCCGUCACAGACACCCUCGGAAGAGCCACCAUUUUCAGGGGCAACCUCUUUCACUACCAAGAAGUAGCAAGGGAAGUGUUACAUUGGCACUUCUUGCCUGCAUUUGCAGUGCAAUUUUCUACAUCAGGUGGAUACCUCAUAACAGGAGGCAUGGAGAAAGUGUUGGUGAAAUGGAGCAUAGCCAACUUGUCCAACAAAGCUGGUGCGAAGGACCUGAUCCCGAGGCUGCCGGGAAUCGUUAAAUAUGUCGCCGUCAGCCACUCGAAUAUUGCUAUUACUUUAUCUAACAACUCCGUGGUAAUAGCCAACGCCCUAAUGCGGGUACACUGCACUAUCCUAGAGUGCGGCGGGCUAUCGUCUGUCGCUCGCUCCACAGGCGGAGCGUUGGUAUACCACAAGCCAACCGGCUGCCUGUUCAUGGGAGGACGGCCGGGACAUCUUCAGAUGUACUCUACUAGGACGGACAAAAUGCUCUUCAAUCUUGACAUAACACAAAUGAAUAGCGUCCCAUCAGAAUCCAAGUCCAACCUGAUACCUCUAGAAACGGAAGUGACCUGCGCUGCAAUGAACUCCCUCGGCACCUGGCUCGUCACAUCGGAAUACCGAGACGACGGCGUACUGUACCCAGAAGAGCGUCUCAAGUUCUGGGCCAGUCAAUCCGGACCCAACAGUACCGUCCCCUUCAGGCUUGCCACCUGCGUCAACCUCUCCCACGGAGGCUCAAGAGUUGUAUCCAUCGCUCUAAACUCCCAAGGUUCGUUCUGCGUCACCGCAGGCUUGGACCAAAAAUUCAGAAUAUGGAAGCGAGAACAAGUGCAAAGAUUCAAAAAGGAAAGGGGCGCGUGGUACUGCUUUACAGCCUGUUAUUACUCGUCCGGAGUAGCCCAGUUCUCUACAAGCAGCGUUUACAAUGAUAUUAAGAAGUUUGAAGUUAAAAAUCUUUUUGAGAAAGUCGAGCUGCCUUACAUGAAGGCUGUUGGUAGGAGAGAUGAUUUGAUACUGAAGAUUAUGAAUAUGCAUAAAGAACUUACAACUCCUCAAAAAUUGGAGUCGAUAGAGGUUGAUUCUGAGACGGCAAUGGGGGGAGUGGCGAUAUCGCAGGACGGUUCGCUCAUAGCGGCUUGGUUCGGUUGUAAGCUGACGCUGUGGGACACGCAUUUGUGCAACAUGAAGACGACCCUGUCGCACCCGGCCCUAAGGCCUGUGGGGAAACAUGUGCAGUUCGGAAGCCAUGACGCCGCUCAUUAUCUGGUGUGCACGACUGACAGCUGCCUGGCGGUGUUCAGUGUCUUAUCCCUGUCCGUCAAGUGGCUGGUCCCAAUCAGGCCCACGUGUCUGGUCGCCGAUGUCAACUCUAAUAGAAUGGCGAUAGUCACCGACCAGAAUGAUGUGGUGGUCUUCAACCCACACAGUUCCACGCCCAUCGUGAAACAAAAUAAAGUUCUGGAACCUCGGACCGGCGUUAUCAACGUCUGCACCUUCGUCCAGUCGGCAAAGUACAACGAACCACGCCUGUACCUCAUGAGGAACGAUUCGGAGAUCUACUGUCUCAAGCCCGAACAAUCCAAGAAGGACCGUUUAGAAGUUAUCUCACACACGAACCUGCCGACGUCCAACUUUGGAGCCCUACUGGCUGAGCAACAGGUGUCCGAAGUUACGCCGGCGCAGGCAGGGGCUUUGGACGACCUUAACCAAGAUGCUUUGUCAAGUGGCGCUAUCCAACAGUUCCUGUCAGCCGCGCCGCACAUGCUACCGCCAGUCAGUCUCAUCUGCACUGAAUUCCUCGAACAAAUAUCGGGACAAAAAAUCGCCGAAGAAUCAGAGGAUCUAGAUGAUAGCGUCAUGGAAGUUGACCCUCAAUCUUCAGAUGAUGAGACACAAGAAACCAAGGAAACACAAGAACCCCGGCCGCAACUGUGGACGCCGAACUACGAAGCGAUUAAGAAGAAACGGUUAAAGAAGAUUCUUAGUCUGCCCUUGCUUCAGGAAGACGCGGCGGGCGAUAUAUUUGGUUUAAGCAAAUAAAGUGUUUGGUGUAAA